UCUCCCUCCUCCCCUCUUCUCCUGCUGUUUCCGGGAGCCCUGCCGUCCUCGGCUGUUCUACCGCUUGCAGUCGAGGCAAACAGCGCCUGUUCUGUCUCCCUUCGGCCAGUUUCUACAAGGUUCUCGCGAUUGUCAGUGGGUUGAAGAGCUGCCGCAAUGACUGAUUCAAAGUACUUCACCACUAACAAGAAAGGGGAGAUCUUUGAGCUGAAGGCUGAGCUGAACAAUGAGAAGAAGGAGAAAAGAAAGGAAGCUGUGAAGAAGGUCAUUGCUGCCAUGACUGUGGGGAAGGAUGUCAGUUCUCUGUUCCCUGACGUGGUGAACUGCAUGCAGACAGACAACCUGGAACUAAAGAAGCUGGUCUACUUAUACUUAAUGAAUUAUGCCAAGAGUCAGCCUGAUAUGGCCAUAAUGGCUGUCAAUAGCUUUGUCAAGGACUGUGAGGACCCCAAUCCCCUGAUUCGGGCUCUAGCAGUGCGGACCAUGGGCUGCAUCCGUGUGGACAAGAUCACCGAGUACCUGUGUGAGCCGCUGCGCAAGUGCCUGAAGGACGAGGACCCAUAUGUGCGCAAGACAGCUGCUGUGUGUGUGGCCAAGCUGCAUGACAUCAACGCUCAGAUGGUGGAGGACCAGGGCUUCCUGGAUUCUCUGAGGGACUUGAUCGCUGACUCUAACCCCAUGGUGGUGGCUAAUGCUGUGGCAGCACUGUCAGAGAUCAGUGAGUCACACCCCAACAGCAACCUGUUAGAUCUAAACCCACAGAACAUCAACAAGCUGCUGACAGCCCUUAACGAAUGUACUGAGUGGGGCCAAAUCUUUAUACUGGACUGUCUGUCCAACUACAAUCCCAAAGACGAGCGGGAGGCCCAGAGCAUCUGCGAGCGAGUGACUCCAAGGCUCUCCCAUGCCAACUCGGCUGUGGUGCUGUCUGCAGUCAAGGUGCUCAUGAAGUUCCUGGAGCUGCUGCCCAAGGACUCGGACUACUAUGGCACCCUGCUGAAGAAGCUGUCCCCACCAUUGGUGACGUUACUGUCCGGGGAGCCCGAGGUGCAGUACGUGGCCCUCAGGAACAUCAACCUCAUCGUGCAGAAAAGGCCAGAGAUUCUGAAGCAGGAAAUCAAAGUCUUCUUUGUCAAGUACAAUGACCCCAUCUAUGUCAAGCUAGAGAAACUGGACAUCAUGAUUCGCCUGGCUUCCCAGGCCAACAUUGCCCAGGUCCUGGCUGAGCUGAAGGAGUACGCCACGGAGGUGGAUGUGGACUUUGUCCGCAAGGCUGUACGGGCCAUUGGCCGCUGUGCCAUCAAAGUUGAGCAAUCGGCUGAGCGUUGCGUUAGCACACUGCUGGACCUCAUCCAGACCAAGGUCAAUUACGUGGUUCAAGAGGCCAUUGUCGUCAUCAGGGACAUCUUCCGCAAAUACCCUAACAAGUAUGAGAGUAUCAUUGCUACACUGUGUGAGAACUUGGACUCCCUGGAUGAGCCAGAUGCCCGUGCUGCCAUGAUCUGGAUCGUGGGCGAGUACGCUGAGCGCAUUGAUAAUGCAGACGAGCUGCUGGAGAGCUUCCUGGAGGGCUUUCAUGACGAGAGCACACAGGUCCAGCUCACAUUACUCACAGCCAUUGUCAAGCUGUUCCUGAAAAAGCCUUCAGAGACACAGGAACUGGUCCAGCAGGUUCUCAGCCUGGCCACACAGGACUCUGACAACCCCGACCUGCGUGACAGGGGCUACAUAUACUGGCGACUGCUGUCCACAGACCCGGUGACGGCCAAGGAGGUAGUGCUCUCCGAGAAGCCACUGAUCUCAGAGGAAACAGACCUGAUCGAGCCCACACUGCUAGACGAGCUCAUCUGCCAUAUCGGCUCCCUGGCUUCAGUCUACCACAAGCCCCCCAAUGCCUUCGUGGAGGGGAGCCACGGUAUCCACCGCAAGCACCUUCCCAUCCAGCACGGCAGCAUCGACACAGGUGAGAGUCCUGUCAGCACCGGGCCAACUGCAGCCUUAGACCAGCCGCAGGUCAUCCCCUCGCAAGGAGACCUACUCGGAGACCUGCUCAACCUGGACCUGGGGCCCCCUGUAAAUGUUCCCCAAGUGUCCUCCAUGCAGAUGGGGGCCGUGGACCUGCUGGGUGGAGGUCUGGAUAGCUUGCUUGGUGGAGAUCUAGGAGGAGGUGUAGGAGGAAGCCCAGCAGUGGGACAGAACUUCAUCCCGUCCUCAGUGCCCAAUACUUUUGCUCCCUCGCCCACCCCGGCAGCACUUAGCAGUGGGCUUAAUGAUCUGUUUGAGCUCUCCACGGGCAUGGCCAUUACAACAGGUGGAUAUGUGGCUCCUAAAGCGGUGUGGCUGCCAGCAACGAAGGCCAAGGGCUUGGAAAUCGCGGGAACCUUCUCACGCCGGCAAGGGCACAUGUAUAUGGACAUGACGUUCAUCAACAAGGCCCUACAGCACAUGACUGACUUUGCUAUCCAGUUCAACAAGAACAGCUUUGGAGUUAUUCCCACCACACCCCUUCCCAUUCACACUCCGCUGAUGCCCAACCAGAGCAUUGACAUUUCCUUGCCACUCAGCACAAUUGGUCCUGUGAUGAAGAUGGACCCUCUCAAUAACCUUCAGGUUGCUGUCAAGAACAUCAUUGAUGUCUUCUACUUCAGCUGCCUUAUUCCACUCAACAUUUUUUUUGUCGAAGAUGGGAAAAUGGAACGCCAGGUAUUCUUGGUUACCUGGAAGGACAUCCCCAAUGAGAAUGAGCUUCAAUACCAGAUCAAGGAAUGCCACCUGAAUGCAGAUACGGUGUCUGGGAAGCUGCAGAACAACAACAUCUUCACCAUUGCCAAGAGGAACGUAGAAGGUCAGGACAUGCUCUACCAGUCCCUGAAGCUUACUAACGGCAUCUGGAUCCUGGCAGAGCUGCGCAUUCAGCCUGGCAACCCCAACUACACGCUGUCCCUGAAGUGUCGAGCUCCCGAGGUCUCCCAGUACGUCUACCAGAUGUACGAUGUCAUCCUGAAGAACUAAGCCCUCCGUCCAUACCUCCUCACUCCAUGGUCUACUCGCCCAUGACCUCUGCAGUGCAGGAAAAAAUUGUCCUUUUUUCCGUCUUUAUUCAUCUGUUCAAUUUUACUCACCCCUUCCAUGUCUAUGUAAGAACUAGGCAUUAAUAAUCCAUCCAGAGCUAUGAAUUUUAAUAUUAGUGUGAAUGUGUGUUUCACCAGGAUUCCUUUCCUAAGAGAUGAACCAGCUUAAUCCAUUUUCUCCUUAUCUUUGUACUGUAACACACGUUUGUCCCCCCACCCCUUUUGUGUCAGUUGUUGAUACUUGGUUUCAUUCCAUUUCCAUGUCUGCUUAAAUUUUUUUAGCACACACAGACCAUCAUUCAAGGGGUUGGUUGUGUGGGAAUGUGUUGCCAUCAGUGGGUGAGGCAUUCCUGCUCAAUGCCUUUCUGCCUCACUCAGCAGUUCACACUAGUGUGAUUCAACAUGGUGGCUUGGCAACCAUUAAAGGACGGGGAUGAAAACUAGGGAGUCAGAUUACACAAAUUCUAAAGAUUUGUGGCUUGUUUUUUUGUAACCACUGCAUAUAGAGCUUGAUACUGCAUUGUGUUUACUUGAGUCUGUGCCAUCCUUGAGUUUGUAUUUUUUUAAGUAAUUUUUGUAUUCUUACUGUCGUAUUCCUUCCUUUAAAAAAAAAAAAAAAAAAAAAAAGAAAAUUGAAUCAUUGUGUGGACAUUGACUUUAUCAGGCUACAUUGGUGCUUUCAUUUUUCAUACCAUUAAUUCCUCAGCAUUUACACAUAGCUGCCCAGCAAAUUAAUGUUCAUUUUGGGCAAGAAUUGUAAUCUAACUCACAUUUCUCUGUACAUUGUGUUUGUGUGAUACUUUAUCUUAAAACACUGGCAUUUAAAGAAUGAGACAAGAUAGUCUCGUUGUGAUGUGUUUUUUGCUUUGUGACAGUAUUACAUCUUUUUCUUUUAGGCUAAAGACAAAAUCAUGGUAAAUUCAUGUGAGCGUUGUUUUUGUAGUGUUGUACACAGCAGCUCCCUACCCAGGAAAAUCUAAGCUUAACUUUGUAGCCAAUGUUCAUAUCCAGCCACUUAGACUCCAGCCCAUGUGCUCGUGUUGGUUGUUGAUUUUUACACAUUUGUUAACUUGCUAUUUUUGAUUUCCCAUCAGAAAAUUGUGCAGUAAAUAAACUGGAAAGUUCUGCCAGUUCACUAUAAAGCAGUGUAGUGUUGCUGUUUAUAGCCGGUAAACCUAAAUAUAAAUAGAAUAGUUGUUCCAAACAUGCUAUCUGGAAGAUUGUUUUGUCUGGCCUCAAUUUAAAAGUAGCAUGAUAACAGUAGUGCUAAAAUUUACCAAGGCCUCAGAUGUGACUGUGAUUUUACAUGCCUUUCAUACAAAUAUUGUUCUGCAGAGUUAGGAAUACAAAAGUACCUGUGCUUGCUGAACCUAAGGUAGUGACGCUUAGACAUUUACAUGCAUAGAACUAAAGAAACAAAAAGGUACAAAUAGUUUUGUGAUUUUUCAUGUCAUGCAUAAGAAUGUGCCUGUGAACGUGCAUGUGUACAGUGCUCAAUGCUGCUGAGACCUUUAUCUUCCCUGCCCUCCGUUUGUGCUGCCAGUCAUGUUACCAUGCUUAUUUAAAUGGGAAUGACCACUUUAAUUUACAAGGGGAAGUCAAAAAUUGUUCACAAUCUACAUGUAUUUAGAUGAAUAUAGAUUAUUGUGGAUAGUUUUUUGACUUCCUCUUGUAUAAACCCUGGCUCCUUUUUGAAGAAUGUCCUGUUUCUUAUUAAAGUUAGGGACAUUUCAUUCAGUAGGUACUUUAAAUAUUGUGUAAAAUAAACUAUUCUAGCUGUUUGACUGGUAGUCCAGAUUGAGAUCAGUUCAUGUUUUGUUUCUUGCCAGACUUCCAAAAUGCCUUCUCUAGGUUUAUGACACUAAAAUUCAACUGUUUUGCAGAAAAAAGAUAAUUUUGUGUGAGCUUCUGAAACCUUAAAAUGACCAUAAUGCUGAAAUGCAGCUCAUUCCCAACAGCUUAAUGAAGGUGUUGGCUCCUGGAAAUCCUGUUGUCUUAACUUUGGGUUCAGUACCUCUUCAUCACCGUUGUUUUAAUCCCACAGCCAAUGUGUAUGCUUUUUAUGUUGGCCAUUUUCAAUAAACUGU